ACAGAUAAAAUAGCUAAGGCCCAGCCCAACUAAGUUAAUAACAGGGUAACUAUCUUAUAAGGCCCAAUUAAUCAAAGCCCAGAUUUUGGCCCAAUAAAAACUCAGUCCAAAACAUCUCGUUAGGCCGUAAACCCUACUUCUGAACUCUUCCCAAGAGACCCCCAUAUAUAUUGGAAACCCUAAUUUUCGACUAGGGAUUUGCCACUUCGCCAGGAAAAAUUUUGAUUCGGAAGCGGAAGGUCAGAAGAAGCCAUGGUGAAGUAUUCUAAGGAGCCUGAUAAUCCCACCAAAUCCUGCAAAGCCAGGGGGUCAGAUCUCAGAGUUCACUUUAAGAAUACUAGGGAGACAGCGUUUUCAAUUAGAAAGAUGCCUUUGAUCAAGGCAAAAAGGUAUUUGGAGGAUGUUUUGGUUCACAAGCAAGCUAUCCCAUUCCGUCGCUUCUGUAGAGGAGUAGGGCGUACUGCACAGGCAAAAAAUCGCCACUCAAAUGGACAAGGACGUUGGCCUGUAAAAUCUGCCAAGUUUAUUCUUGACCUACUGAAGAAUGCUGAGAGCAAUGCUGAGGUGAAAGGUUUGGAUGUCGAUUCACUUUACGUUUCUCACAUCCAGGUGAACCAAGCUCAAAAGCAAAGGCGUCGUACAUACCGUGCCCAUGGAAGAAUUAACCCUUACAUGUCAUCCCCAUGCCAUAUCGAGCUGACUUUGUCAGAGAAAGAAGAGCCGGUCAAGAAAGAGGUAAAUAAAUUGUUAAAAAGAACACAUGAUCUGAUAUUUACAAGCAAUUUUCAUCUAAUAUGACUUUGCAUAAUUGUGCAGCCUGAAAGUCAGUUGGCUUCUAGGAAACCAGAAAAGACUCGUGCUUAGAGAGCUCUCCAAGGCGGUGCCUCUGCUUCUUCAACAGCUGAAGGUGUAGGCUAAGUAGGAAUCCAAGUUUUUGUUUGAGUGCCCAGAAAUUUUAUUUUUGUUUUUUGUCAAACCUGAAGCUUGUUUUUGUGGCAGAUUUUAUAUUAAUCUUUAUUUUAUAGCUAUUGCUAGAAAGCCUUUUUGGACUUUUUCAAUGUUAGUUUGUUUUAAUGAGUUGGAAGUUGAUGCUGGAUACUAAAGCCUUAAAUUAAAAUUAUAUACCUCUACUAAAGGUUUAGCUAUA